AUGAUCGCUUUCAUCCAACACGAAGCGCCCGAGGUCUUCACCAAGGUCCUACACAAGAACGUCAAGUUUUGCUGCUCUAAGGCUUACGUUCGUGAAUUUCUUUGUUGCAUGGGCUGGGGCCAACGCGCUGCUACGCGUGCAGCGCAGAAACUGCCUGAAAACCAUCAGCGCCUCAUCUAUGAGUCUCUACUGCGAGAGGCGCUUGUUGUGCGCAAUUUCGGCGUCCCCGACCGUCUUUGCCUGAAUACGGACCAAACGCAGCUUGUCUAUCAGCAAGGCGUUGACCAUACCUGGAACAAGCACAGAGAGGCCCAAGUCCAUGUCCUUGGACAUGAAGAGAAGCGCACUUUCACGCUCGUUCCCGGCAUUGCGGCCAGCGGUCAUAAGCUCCCCUACCAAGCCGUCUUCGCAGGCCAAGAACUCCUUGCCGAAGGGAAAUGCGCCAUGCUACAACGAGGCGAUGGAUCUCAAAUUCCAGUUCCUCCCCUCGGGUAA